AUGUCGUCAGGUCGUGCGGUAUUAGGUAGCUCGAGGGUUGCCAGAAGUAUGGCUACGGUGGCGAAGGUUACGAGGGACUCGAGAGUUCACCAGAACUUGUUGGAGGAUCAUUCUUUUGUUAAUUACAAGGAGAACGUGGAGUUUGUUGAUAUUGUGAGGAAGAGGUUGGGACGGCCAUUGACUUAUGCGGAGAAGAUUUUGUAUGGACAUUUGGACAAUCCGCAUGAGCAGGAAAUCGAGCGGGGCGUAUCGUAUUUAAAAUUACGUCCGGACCGGGUUGCUUGCCAGGAUGCCACGGCGCAGAUGGCGAUUUUGCAAUUUAUGUCUGCGGGGUUGCCGGAAGUCGCUAGGCCGGUGACGGUGCAUUGCGAUCAUUUGAUCCAGGCUCAAGUAGGAGGUGUGAAGGAUUUGGCUCGUGCAUGUGAGCAGAAUAAGGAGGUGUAUGACUUUUUGGCUACGGCGACGGCGAAGUAUAACAUUGGGUUUUGGAAGCCGGGAUCUGGUAUUAUUCAUCAAAUUGUGUUGGAAAAUUAUGCGUUCCCAGGUGCGUUGAUUAUUGGUACGGAUUCCCAUACACCUAAUGCAGGUGGAUUAGGACAGUUGGCUAUUGGUGUUGGAGGUGCUGAUGCGGUUGAUGUGAUGUCUGAUUUGCCAUGGGAGUUGAAGGCUCCCAAGAUUUUGGGUGUGAAGUUGACUGGGAAAAUGAGCGGUUGGACUUCGCCUAAAGAUAUUAUCUUGAAGUUGGCUGGUAUUACUACUGUGAAGGGUGGUACUGGUAAGAUUGUUGAGUACUUUGGUGAUGGUGUGGACACAUUCUCUGCUACUGGUAUGGGUACUAUUUGUAAUAUGGGCGCUGAGAUCGGUGCUACGACCUCUGUAUUCCCCUUUAACGACUCAAUGGUUGAAUACUUGAAGGCUACUAAUAGACAUGAUAUUGCUCAGUUUGCUCAAUUGUACAAGCAUGAUUUGUUGUCUGCUGAUAAGGGUGCCGAAUAUGACGAGGUUAUUGAGAUUGACUUGAGUAGCUUGGAGCCUUAUGUUAAUGGACCUUUUACGCCUGAUUUGGCUACUCCUAUUUCCAAGUUAAAGGAUGUUGCAGUUGAGAAUGACUGGCCCUUGGAGGUUAAGGUAGGAUUGAUUGGUUCUUGUACCAACUCCUCCUACGAAGACAUGUCUCGUUCCGCUUCCAUCAUUAGGGAUGCGGCAGCCCAUGGUUUGAAGGCUAAGUCUUUGUUCACGGUUACUCCAGGUUCAGAGCAGAUUAGAGCCACCAUCGCAAGAGAUGGACAAUUGGAUACUUUUACCGAGUUUGGCGGUGUCGUUUUAGCUAAUGCAUGUGGUCCAUGUAUUGGACAAUGGGACAGACAGGACAUUAAGAAGGGUGAUAAGAACACAAUUGUGUCCUCUUUCAACAGAAACUUCACGUCCAGAAACGAUGGUAACCCAGAAACUCACUCCUUUGUUGCUUCCCCAGAAUUGGUUACUGCGUUUGCAAUUGCAGGUGAUUUGAGAUUCAACCCAUUAACCGAUAAAUUGAUGGACAAGAACGGCAAAGAAUUUAUGUUAAAGCCUCCAUCUGGAGAUGGUUUGCCUCAAAGAGGCUACGACCCUGGUGAGAACACAUACCAAGCUCCACCAAAGAACCGUGACCUCGUUGAAGUUAUGGUUUCCCCAACUUCUGACCGUUUGCAACUUCUACAACCUUUUGAUGAAUGGGACGGGAAAGAUCCUACCAAUAUGCCUAUCUUGAUCAAAUCCGUAGGGAAGACCACCACUGACCACAUCUCUAUGGCCGGUCCAUGGUUGAAGUAUAGAGGUCACUUGGAAAACAUUUGCAACAACUACAUGAUCGGUGCCAUUAACGCAGAGAACAACAAGGCCAACUGCGUGAAACACUUCUACACAGGUAAAUAUGCUGGUGUUCCAGAAACUGCCAGAGCUUACAGAGACCAAGGCAUUAAAUGGGUUGUCGUCGGUGGAGAAAACUUUGGUGAAGGUUCUUCCCGUGAGCACGCAGCUCUAGAACCAAGAUUCUUGGGUGCCUUCGCUAUCAUUACAAAAUCAUUUGCUCGUAUUCAUGAAACUAACUUGAAAAAGCAAGGUUUGUUGCCUUUGACUUUCGCUCAACCAGAGGCAUACGACAGAAUUAACCCAGAUGAUACCGUAGACAUUAUUGGUCUAUCUGACUUCGCUCCAUCUAAACCACUAACUAUGAGAAUUCACACCAAAGCUGGUGAAACUUGGACCACUCCUUUGGACCACACUUUCAACGCUGAGCAAAUUGAGUGGUUCAAGGCGGGUUCUGCAUUGAACAAAUUAGCAAAAGCUAAGAAAUAA